AUUCCCGCUCUUGACAUUCUUUUCUCCGUGUCUCUCAUUCCAGGCCCAAAUGAAAUACCCACACUGAACUCCGAAAGCCCAUUCAAAACCUAACCCUAGUUUAUUGCAACAGCUUGCACAAAUCAUAUCGCGAUUACUUUGCACUCGUUUCGGCGGCAACAAUCAAGUGAUCAGCCAUGGUGAAUGUCCCAAAGACAAAAAAGACUUACUGCAAGUCAAAGGACUGCCGCAAGCAUACCUUACACAAGGUGACACAAUAUAAAAAGGGCAAAGAUUCUUUGGCUGCCCAGGGAAAGCGCCGAUAUGACCGGAAACAAUCUGGUUAUGGUGGUCAAACAAAGCCUGUUUUUCACAAGAAGGCCAAGACCACUAAAAAGAUUGUUUUGAGGCUUCAAUGUCAAGGUUGCAAGCAUGUAUCUCAGCACCCAAUCAAGAGAUGCAAGCAUUUUGAGAUCGGUGGGGACAAGAAGGGGAAGGGAACAUCUCUCUUUUAGAAGACUGCAGCGGUUGCAACUUUCUACCUGGAUGCUGCCAGUGUUUAAGCAGAAUACUCUUAGUUCCAAUGUUGGCUACUGUGACUUCAUUACAACUGUAUCUGGUUUGUUAUUAUGAAGAUCAGCAGUCAUAUGUUUAUUGUUUUGCACCUAUAGUUGUACUAAUUGAUUUGCAUAUUUGGUGUCAAUCCCAUUGGAUAAAAGGUUUUGGGUAUUUCAAGGCAA